CCUGGCCCUAGUCUUUGUUUGCUGGAUGCAUAAUUAGCGCCUGUAUUUUGGAAAAUGGCAACUCUGGGUAACACAACAAAAUAGAAACAAAAAGAGAGUCUCUUAUAAAGAGAAUGUGAAGCUGUUUUGUACACGAGUAGCAUCAGAUCAGUGCGAACGAUAUCAAUGACUAGUCCUGCAGCCCCACUCAGAAUACUUCUGCCUGCAGGAUGUCGCAGCCCACAUAAGCAUCCUACCCCCGUUCAUCAUGUCGAACGAAGGCCAAAGCGGCGGAGUUUAGCUUGUUCAUCGUGUCAACGAAAGAAAGUAAAGUGCAGUGGCCCUCCUCCCUGUGAAGCAUGCGCUGCAACGAAAAGCGAGUGUUUUUUCGAGCCUUUAACAGACAAACGGCGAAGAUUGACACGAAAGGCUGUAGAGAAAGACAUGGAAAGCUAUCGAGAGGUAUCCAUGUACUUAAUCAGUAUCCUGCGUUCUGGGAAGGAAGACGAUGUGAAUAAUCUAGUAAAGGAGGUCCAGCAAGCCUCAUCCCUUGAUUCUGCUCUUGCAGAUCUGCAGUCGUUAAUUUCUGGAGAGAAGAGCUGAUUCCUCUUUCUCUGUUGGGAAUCAAGUUUUAUUUAGGUUCACCUUUUUA